UAAUUUCCUUUAACAUCUUAGUAAUUCUGUUCGGUUGCCUAGAUUAUGUAGGAAAAUGGAAUAAAAUUCCAGAACUUUGAAGAUCUCGAAGGGAGCCUAAUAAUAAGAACAACUGUAAAACCUCAGCUGGACUUGGUCUAGCUUAGGUGUGCCCCAAUUUCUCAGUUUAGGAAGCCUAAACACAAUUUCGUCAAAAUGGCAUUGUGCGGGAUUGCCCGGUGUCCUAAUUGGGACAGGGCUGCGAUACCAAUUCAAAGUUUUAAUUCGUCGACAAGACUGGUCAGACUGACUUUUGGUCCUUUGAUGGGCAAAAUUGGUUAUUCAAGUCGGAUUCUAAGAUCAAGAAUUAGAUUUUCAAUUUCAAGCAAGAAUGCUACUCCAUUGGAUUCUGAGGAGAGAGCCAGUGACACUUUCUCUGAUUCUUUCGAGGAAGAAUUGGGGCAUGUGAUGAAGUUCAAGAUGUCUGAUUUUGAAAUUUGUGAUCGGGUUAGCAUUGGUCUGAGUGGGCGGGCAGAUGAGGUGGUUUUUGAAGCAGUUGUUAAGGAUGUUGAUAGCCCUUUGCAUAAUUCAAGAGUCUUGCUACGACGACUUACCAGUGCUCAAGCUCAGCGUAGAGGGAAACGUGCAAUUGAGGUAUUAAAGAAGCUAGCUCGCCGUAGGCUUAUGUAUCAUUCUUACUCGAUGCAAGUUCAUGGCUAUGUUGACCCAUCUUCAACUGGUGAUUAUGGCUCAUUUACACUAGUUCACGGGUAUCACGGUAGCUUUUCUUUAAGGCAUUGGCUCCAACAGUCAGAUUGGCUUCCGACAUUGGAAGCUACUCUUGCUUUGGAUGAGGAUUCUGUCAGGAGGGUGGGAGAUGACACAGUUGGAGGACCUGCUGUUUCUCGACAAUUGCGACUUACUCGAAUUUUGAUGAGGGAUCUCUUGAUUGGAGUGAAUUACUUACACAGCCAUGGACUUGCCCAUACAGAGUUGAGGCUUGAGAAUGUGCAUGUCAGCCCUGUGGACAGACAUAUUAAAGUAGGUAUAUUAGGAAAUGCUGCUGAUUUUUAUGAUGACAAUCCAAGUAACAAUUCAAUGGAUGCUAACAUGGAUAGGAGACAAAUGAUGAUUGCCUUUGACAUGAGGUGUGUUGGAUUCAUGAUGGCAAAAAUGGUGUUGCAGGAACUCAUGGAACCAUUUAUAUUUGCGAAGUUCAAAUCAUUCUUCACAAAGGGAUACGAUCCAUCCUGUCUGCGCGAGUAUCUGCUGCAGAGUCUUGGUAGGAAUUCAUCAUCUGGGAAUGCUGGACUACAAAUACUUGACCGGAACUGGGGUGCAGGCUGGAACCUUCUAUCCUUACUUCUUGCGUCCAAGCCUUCUGAGAGAAUAAGUUGUUUAGAUGCUUUGAGACACCCAUUUUUGUGUGGACCAAGAUGGCGAGUGGAACCAUCUAUGGACAUCAUCAGAUGGGGUCUGGGUUCGACUGCUGUUCGGAUUACAGAGGAAUACAUUUAUGGCCCUCAACAGCGUAGUAGGCUGGCCCACUUCAUCGAAUUAAUGGAGAUGUUGAAUCCACAUUCAAAGCCAAAGAAUUGGCGAGGUUUACUGCUCGGAAAAUGGCGCCUCUUGUACUCCACUGGAAGGCACAUAGGGUUAACACUUCGGCAGCCUCCUGCCCGAGUCCUUAUUGGUGAUGUGCAUCUAACUGUAAAAACAACAUCAAAGUUUUGCACAACCUUUUCCUUCACCUCUGAAAUUAGUUUUACGGUGUUAAUUGGCCACAAUUGGCCCCACGACAAGGCAGGAGUAGCUGGGAAAUUGGGAGUGGACUCUUGUUUUAGAUUAACAGCCGGGAAACGGCAAUAUCUCAAGGAAGAAAAGGAAACAAAUUUCCUCCCAUCAUCAUCAAACACCGCAGAUUCCAUAGUCAAAAAGCUCUCUGGGAGAAGGUGGAGGAAAGCGAUUCCUUUUAAGGAGUUCCCUUCAAGCCUUCCUGUGGCCAAACUUGUCUCUAAUGAGAUUGAGGUUGCAAUGAGUCUCAAUGAUCCGUUGGCGAAGAAUGUCGAUGCUGCCAAAAAUGCAGUUCAUGAGGUCAGGACACAAGUUCCGCCAGAAAUGUUUGAUCUCUCCAAACUAGUUUGUGGAACAUAUGUGGACAGUCGCCUGCUGGUCCUUCGCGGGGUGAGUGGAUCGGCUCUCUUCUUUACUAGAACUUGUGCAAAUGAGCUGUAGAUGGCAAGUUUCCCAUUGGUUUUUGUGUUGGUUGGGGCAAUCAGUUUGUAUUUAUGUUCCUAAUUUCUAAUGAUUAAUGAUGUACAGAAACAGAAAAAUCAGACAAGGAUUAACUUCAUUUUUGUCGGCCGACAAAGCAAAAGAAACAAACUCAUCUUUUUCA